AUGCGGAUGACACUAGCCCGAAAGGGGCUACUAGCGCAUCUUGAGGUCGUGAAGCCCGAGCUCGAGAUCACCGGGGCGUGGCUUAUUAACUAUGCAAAGGCUCUUGGGAUCAUCGCUCAAGGUGUGGAACUGCAGCACCAGACCAAGAUAAGGUCUGCGACACGUGCUAUCCAUACGUGGCCUACACUACCAGACUUCCACAAUCGCUCUACGCUCCAGAACCGUGUGAACAUGACGCGCCGUCUGCACCAGUUCAAGAUGGAGAGCGUUUCGACUAUGACCAAGCAUCUGAAUGAUUUCGACGAGCUUAUCGUCGGAUUGCAGACACUGGGAGAGCCCGUCAAUGAAGCUCGACAGCUGGUAGUGCUAUUAAGCAGCCUUCCUUCUGAGUAA